CCCCCAAUCCCAACUCCUUAGGAUUGUAGUAUUAGCAGGAAAUCUUGUGUGCGAAUACAUCGCGGCUACGACCUAAGAACAGAUUCAUAUGAAUUUUUCACCUUAUAAGUCUUCAGCCGACUCUAGUCUUCAUAUGUUACGUUGCCCCCUCGCGCCUGAGCACAGCCUGGGCCUAUUGCUUCUCGCCAUGCUCGUUACAGCCAAGCCAAUGCUAUGGGUCCAAUAUGAUCAUGUAUCAUCAUCUUCCGUCGUAAAGAUACCAGGGUAUGCAAGUCGACACACCAUGGCAUUAAAGGCACAGACGUAUCCGUUAAAGUCCUCAUCUUCUGACACAUGAUUUUUUCCAAAGGCAAGCGCGUAAUCCAUGAGCCUCUCCCGCACGUCCUCACCCUCUGCGAUCUGAAACCGCCAGCACACAUCCCCUAUUUCGUUGUCAUCUUAAGCAAAUAUAAAAUCGAGCUCGUAGAUCUUCUUGCCGCCCCGAGCGCCGUCUAGGUGCCGAUGUAGAACCCAGACGGAAAAGGUCUAUUGUGGGUCACUACGCUUGAUGGCGGUGAUGUGCACAAACGCUGCUGCGGCUUGGAUUCUCGGGAGAUCCGAAAGAACAUUGAGAAUUCGCGGUUGGUAGUUAAGUACUGAUGUUCUCUGGCUUGCAACUAGGAGUGGCGAUGCAAAUCUGGACAGUCUGAUUCGAAACGUGACGCCGGGCUAGGAGCUAGCGGCCGGUGAGAUGGCGAGGACCCUUAGAUCUUGAAGUGCGAGGAUGCAGCUUGUGUCCGCGGCUCUUGAAUGAAGGAAUCAAUGUGUAAGGUACCUGUAUCUGUACAGGGUGUGCGGGGUCGUGGCUGAGGCACCAUCAAAUGCCGGCUUUUAAGGGGCUGACUUGAAUG